CUUUCACGCUGUUCGAUGAGAGAGUCGGUGUGGGGCUGAGUGCUGACUGCGGGUGUGAUAAGUUCAACUUUCUCGUGCAAACCACGUGUUUGAUAUUUGUUUCCGUUUUCCUUGUGUUUACAAAAAUAGAAGCUUGCGGUGCUGUGGUAUCACUGCGGCGCAAGACAAUUGUCAAAUUGUUAAACGUUUUCAUUUUUGGAUUUAGAAAUUAACAAUGAGUUUAAGGACUAUUUUCAGCCUCAUCUUGGUGUUGCAGGUGCUUGUUAUCACAGCGACAUUUCAGUUGCAAUCUACCUCGCCAAAUUCGUCGACCCUGCUAUUACCAGUUCCGAUUCCGGCCCCUUCAGUUAUUGGGUCGAAAAACAAAUUUGUAAUGCGAAAAUGCUGCGGUCCGGGACAAUUAUACGUUUCUAAAAAGACGGGAGAGAUUCCAGAUGCUGAGCGGUGUGUCAAGUUUUCGGUCAGCAGCAGCCAUCGGCAAUCACCAGUGGUUAAAAAAUCACGCGAAAUUUUCUUGGGAUCCAAACAAAGUUUUCCACCACGUUACAGCGUUGAAGAUGUCCAAGUCGAUGCAGGAUUUCCGCGCAGUUGCACGCCGGAUGGUUGGGAUUUUUUAGAACCUGAGCUCAGAAUGGGCGAUCUCUUCUACGCCCUUUCUUCCGGACAGUUGUUAGUUCCUCAUCAGUUUUACUUCUUGGAAUUCGACAGCUAUUGCAUCGAAGACUAUGCGGACGAAAGGAACGUCACCAAGGUGAGAAGAAUGGCUUUCGUGUGUUCUGUGCAAACCCGAGAUUUUCCAACAACUGCUGUCGACAGCUCGGGAAAAUUGAGACUGGAUUUCGUCAAAUCUGAAGACUAUGCGGAACUGCUUACAUCGAAAUUCAAUGCAAGGAGAGUGAUCCGGAAAUGCUGCGGGCAUAAUCAAUCCUUAGACAGUUUUGCUGGAAGCAAUGGCAAGCCCGCGUGCAGGGAAAAUCAAGUACUCGUGACCCGCUUCUUUGAAAAUCUCCAGGAAUUGGAAGAUAAUUCCACAAGUUUGUUCUUCCGUUUCGGCCAUGCCAAUUGCAGCACCCGCCCAAUUCGUACCACGGUUUUUCAAUUGCACUUCAAUGGUAGUUUGGAAAUCAUGGUGGAUAACACUAACGCCAACUCAAACACUCGACUAGUCUCUAUAGAAGAUUACUGUUUGGAUGACAUGGUAGAGUUUGGUUACGUAACUCAUUUACCUUAUGCUACAACCUACGCCUUCUAUUGCCCCGGUGAAGAACCAAGUCUUAUCGAACCAGAAUUCAGUGAUGGACCUGAAGUGACUGAUUCGCCAAGCACCGAUCCACCACCUACUUAUCCGCCAGUGACUGAAACAACCAUGAGUGAACCCGACCCUACUUAUUCGAACAACGACGAUCAAUAUGAUAAUUCGACUUUAAUCACCAUUCCCAAAUGUUGUCCACCUGGACACGUCAUGGGUGAAGAAUAUACCUGUCAGCCUUUAUGGUGGUGGCCCACCGAGCGUCCUUGGGACGAACCUAUUGAACCAGCUGUGGUUGUGUCAGGAUCCAUUAACGAUGAUUUAAUGACUUAUCACAACAAUUUAAGCGCCACCCUCAUCUCCAACGUAACGUUGAGCUCUUGCAAAGCUGGUCAACUUCAACAACCGAUACCCUUAUUUGCUCAAUACUCUCAAAUCAUUCCGAUAUUUCGAAUUGAUCCAAAACAUGGAGUCUUAGUUUCAUUCCACACGCUCGUUGAAUAUUAUUGGGACGUGAAGUCUAAAAUCAAUUCGUUUUGUGUGGACCAACUAUUUUUCAGACAGGAGCAGGAUGUUUAUUAUAACGCUCAAGUUUUCCAUUGCAUUACCAUUGAGACUUUUAAGAGUCAUCGUCCAAUAAUUCUGUUGGUUUCUACUGCGGGUUUAUUGGCGACAUUUGUUAUUUAUUUAUUCGUCCCAGCUUCAGGUUCUGCCAAAUUGGUUCUAUCUGCUUUUGGAGGAAAGAGAAAUAGAGGAAAUGGGGGAAUAGGAGGAACUAAUACCAUGGCUAAGACGUUAACCGGUCGUAUUUUACUUUGUCACGUCUUAUCAUUAGCCUUAGCGUUUACUUGCUUGGCGAUUGUUCAACUAAAGCUCAUCGAAUCUCUUCAAAGUUCUUGUAUCGCCAUCGGCUACGUUACUUACUGGGCUUUUAUAGCCUCAUUUUCCUGGCUGACAGUGUACUGUUUUGACUACUACCACAUCUUUAGCGGAUCCUUUAAGGUCACCAACGAAAAAUUAUUCAUCCCUUAUUCAGCAUUUGGUUGGGGUGUUCCUUUCUUGGCAACGACCAUAACAAGCAUCGCACAAUUUCGGUCUGCGGCGUUGGGUAUCUCCAGCCCUUUCAAUCCCAACUUUGGUUACGACCGCUGUUGGUUUCCUGACGAAAGCUCGUCAGCGCUAAUAACUUUCUUUUACGUUCCUGUUGGCGUUCUCCUAUUGCUUGACGUUAAUUUCUUCCUGUGUCUGAUGUUCAAUGACAACCUGAUGCAUUGUUGGCAAAGGCAAGCCAUGGCGAUCCGUUCCAACCGAAAGAAUUCUACAGCCUCAAAGGAGCACGAAGAUUUGAAAAUGGCGGUGAAACUAUUUUUCAUCACCGGAAUUCCUUGGAUUUUUGAAUUGAUUGGAUAUCUGGUUUCAAGAUUGGAUGGUUCAAAUGUAGGUCUAUAUUAUUUCUUUGAGUUCUGCGUCAUUAUCAACACGUCGCGCGGCGUCUUCAUUUUCGUCAAUUUUAUUCUUUUGAAUCGAGACGUUCGAAAAUUCUUGUGGUCCCGCGUCAAAAUCAUUUCCAAACGAGAACCUCCAACGCUUGCCGACGGCACUGCCAUGCAUCACACAAACACAGACAAUGAUCAAUCCACGUCCAAUCAAACGACACAAUCAACCCCCGCCACUUGUUCGGAAACGAUAUCAAAUCUCGAGAGUUUCGAAUAUGACGAGUACACCCAUUUAUAACACGAUGUGAGGAACGAAACCUUGUAACAUGCCAAUCUGUUAAAAUCCGAAGCCUCCAUCAACUUUCGUUUGGGGAUUUUGUCUAUUAGGAUAGAUUCAAUAUUGAUUUAUCUUUUUCUGCCAACCUCUUAAAUUUUCUUUCAAGUAAAAAGUAAUAUCCGCACAAUCACGAAACACACG